AUGGCAUUCGAAUAUGAUUGGUGGGAAUAUGCGCUGAUUCCUUUAAUUGCAGGUCUUGUGGGUUACGCAACAAAUGUGGUUGCUCUGCAUCUCACGUUCUAUCCGUUGGAGUUUGUUGGCAUUGAACUGUUUCGUUUGGAUAACCAACCAUGGGGUUUAUUCGGUUGGCAGGGAAUCAUUCCGACGAAGGCAGAAAAAAUGGCGUCAACAUGUUUUGAGCUAAUGACUAAAAGACUUUUCAGCAUUCAUGAGAUCUUCUCCAGGUUAGAGCCGAUGAAAUUUGCUGCAGUCAUGGAUGAUGUUGUGCUGUUGAUGAUGGAUGAGGUUAUCAAUGAGGUCGCCAACGAGUUCAUGCCACAGACGUGGAACAAUAUUCCGAAGGAGGUGCGAGACGAUAUUGUCGUGACUGCAGAUGAUGAAAGCAAUAAAUUCUUGGUCGAUUUCAUGAAGGAUAUGCAAGCGCAUAUUGAAGAUGUUGUCGACAUUAAGGAAAUGUCGGUGACUGCGUGUGUGGAAAACAAACAUUUGAUCGUGAAAGUCUUUCAAGAAUGCGGAGAGAAAGAAUUUGUGUUCAUAAGGAAGUCGGGAUUCUACUAUGGCUUUCUCUUUGGCCUGAUCCAAAUGGCAGUGUGGUUCUUCUAUCCUGCUGACUGGAUUUUGCCCAUUGCUGGGUUCUUGGUCGGUUGGGUAACAAAUUGGAUGGCACUGAAGGUCAUUUUUCUUCCCAUUGAACCCAAAAAGUUUUGUGGAUUCACCCUUCAAGGAAUCUUUUUGAAGAGGCAGGCAGAGGUAUCCGAAGUCUUCGCUAGAGUCAUUUGCGUUGAAAUUUUGCACAUCAAAGCAAUCUGGGGGGCAGUCUUCACGGGGAGGCUUUCGAAAAAUUUCUCCGCUAUGUUACGAGCGCACACUCUUGCAUUCACAGAUAAAUUGCUUGUAGAAAUUGAGCCGCUGGCGAUAGCUGCAAUGGGUGUGGAGAAAUUCUUGGAAAUGAAAGAAAGUAUUGCUCGGAAGGUAGUUGAAAAAAUCCCAGAUGUUAUUGAUGCAAGUUAUGAAUAUACGCAGAGUGCGCUAGCGAUGGAAGAUACGAUUAGAGAAAAGAUGAAGGUUUUACCGCCAGCUGAGUUUGAGGGUGUCUUGCAUCCUGCCUUUGAAGAGGAUGAGAUUCAGCUAAUUUUGCUUGGUGGAGUCUUGGGAGCUAUUGUGGGGCUGAUUCAAUUGUUCACACUGUUUGCAUAG